AUGGAGGAGAAGCUAAUUGAAGCCGUACGUGUUCGCAAAGUACUGUAUGAUACAAGCCAUGAAGAUUAUUUGAAAACGAAGCUGAAAGCUGAGAAGUGGGAGGAAGUGGCCAAGGAAACGGACAUACGAAGUGGUGUUGAAGCGAAGGCGUUGUGGGAGAAAUUGAGACAUUCGCUGAGAGAUGCUCUCAGAAGACAGCAAAAAUCCAUGAAAAGUGGGGCACCGGCUGAAUCGGUUAAAGAAUGGAAAUUUCAAAAGCAGAUGGGUUUUCUACAACCAUAUAUGGCCAAUAAAGCACGAGAGGGGAACCUUAUCGAAUGCAAUGACGAUAGUGAAACAACACCACAAACUUUUGCCACUGAUAGUCCAACUGAUGUAGUCGACGAGGGUGAGGAAUCACUGAACAUGCAGCAGGGAAUCACAAGUGCUCGGGACGAUCUUCAGUCACGGGCACUUCCUGAAAUUUCACCCCCGCCAGAAGAACCGACAUCAGCAAAAAAAAUUAAGAAAGACACUAUUGCUGGAUUACUCAAACGAAGCAUUGAACAACAUGAAGAACGAAGAAAAUCGAGAUCAGAGGAAAGAAGAAAUCUGUUGGCACAAACGAGUGCCCCAAGUGAUCCUCUGUACCACUUCUUCAUGUCAAUGUACCAGAUGACCAGACGCAUGCCACCGUCAUCUCAACAACUGAAGCUGAAAAACAGCAGACUCACCGUUGCGACGGUGCUGCUGCCAAUUGCCCAGACGAGCAGCGCGGCAACUAGCCUCAUGGCGCCGGUCUUCGCUCUCACUGCCAGCCACUUAGAUCCUUUGCUUCUCCCGCACCGCAAAGCUCAGGCACACUGUUCAAGUUAUGCGCGCGCCCAAAGCUCCAGUAUUUCUUACGGGUCGACCGGCAGCCAAUAG